AUGUUUACCUUCCAAAAUUUUGACGAAGUCUUUGACUUUGAUCCAGGCUGCUCAUAUGAUGAAUUCGCUGUGCGAAAAAUCGAGAGCAAUCGUAAGAAGCUUGAAGGUUUAUUCAUGGAUACUUUACUGAAGAAUUUUGAAAUUCGUCGACCUGUUAAAUAUUAUCCACCGAAAUCAAAUAGUGACCUUCGAAAUCUACACAAAGUCAUCAUUGACUCGGCGGGCCAAGAUCAUCAUAAACUAUCAGCUCUUUAUUAUAUACUGCUCGACUUUGACGCCCCAACCGGACGAAGAGACUACUCCACUACAUUUGAGCAAAAGUCGUUUUUACCUCAUAGCUACCAAAUCUAUAUGAAGGGUCUUUGGCAUUUGGAUAACCUUGAUUUUGAGUUGGCUCUUCAAUAUCUGACCCAUCCAUCUUUGAUACCAAGCUUUGCGGAUGAAAUCCUGGAAGCCCUCGUGUUAUAUUCCUCAGACGAUCUCGCAAUUCCAUUAGCAUACUAUCAUACUGUACAGCCAGCCUUGACAUCGUCUCGAGCGACAGAAAGUUUGUUUUCUGCCAUCGCAAGAACAAGUGUCACAGAAGCCUUCUAUUUCUCGCGAGGACAGUCGCAAUACAUGCAACGACACAUGUUCGAACAACUGAUCGCGGCCGUCUUAAAAAACUCUCCUCCAGAAACCAUCGCAGAUCGCAGUGUCGAAUUGGUAAAUCUACCAUUGUCACCAGAAGAAGAAGCUUGGUUCGAAGACUACUUACUUCGUGGAGAGGGAAGAGCAAUAAGAAAGGCUCGGGAUACGAUAAUGAUGCGACGAAUUGGCACUGGGAAAUUUUCGGAGACUUUAUCACUCAAAGGCAUUGGUAGCAGAUCAAUUGGUGGAUUAGAUUGGGAACGCCUGUCUGCAGCUGUGAAGGAAGGACUGGGGCCAAGAAUUGACGUAUGA